GACCCGACAAAGAGAGAUCUUUGGAAAAAUUGAGAAAGCGACCCUUUAACACGCUAUCUUGCUCUACAAAUAUAUCUCUUCUCAACUUCUUACUUAUUUAAUUCUUAUUAUUCAGUACUGAAAUCCCCAAAUUGCACUUUCGAUCAAGUUUCAGUAUUUCCGUGCUGCUCUGUGAGCCAUAGUUUGAUAGUUGUAUUAACCAGAUGAAGGUCUUGUUCUUGGAGUGAGUUGAUGAUUCUGGUGAAAAUAAUUUGAAAGUGGCACAGAGACAACAAAAAGAAGGGCAAAUGUCAAAUAAUCUCCUCUCUUCAUUUUUGCUCAACUACAGACUUCGAAUUUUUCUUUUUUAGAUGAUCUGAAGGACUCAUAAUGUCAAUUUCAUCAGUUGAAAGUAUGGCAUCAUUGAGCAGCGAUCUUUUCUAUGACAUACUUAGGCGUCUUGAUGGUGCGACUUUGGCCAGUGCUGCCUGUGCUUGUGCAACAUUCUGCUCUAUUUCAAAGGAAGAGCGAUUAUGGGAAAAUGUGUGCUCUUCUAUGUGGCCUUCUACUGAUCGGGAUGAUGUCAAAAGUUUGAUCAUGUCAAUUGGUGGAUUCAAAAAAUUUUAUGCAGAUUGUUUUCCCCUUAUUGUAAACGAGGUUCCUGAAUUUCGAUGGAAUGACGAUUUUGAGUAUCCCGAAGAGUUGACUGAAGCUGAAUACUAUGGUGACGUGGAUGAACUCGAAAACAUUUCACCGUUGGAUUUUGUGUCUAUAAUGGAUAUCAGAUAUAAAGACAAAACAAUAUGUUCAAAAGUCCUAUGGGGAAUCCCGAAUGCAGAUGGCUUUAAUGGUUGGUUUUUCAACUGUCCAUUUCGUAUUGAUCUUCUUGCAUAUUCAGAUAAAGUGACACUUACAGUCUCUGAUGGCCUGCCUCCAAUCAUGUCCAUUGAAAAAGAGAGAAAAGAUGGAAAGCUCUGGCAAGAGCUCCAGGAUGGCAUCCGGCUUAGUUGGAUUAUAGUAAACAGAAAAAUAAAAAAGGCUGCUAAUCUAUCAAGUUGGAGCCCACUUGGAGGGCAAAGACAUUGGCCGACAGACAAGGAUUUUGUGGUACGAUUUGCAUCCAUUCUUCCCGCCAAAGAUAUUCUUCCUUGUCAAAUAGUCGAAUGUAUCCUUAUCAUGAAGUUCAGGGUGAUCCAUACUCAGGGCGAAGGCAUCCAAACAAUUAUCAAGUUGACGGAACUAAGCAUGCAACUUGAGGAUAUGAAUGGUUCUCAUGUCAAUGGUCUAAAAAGUUUGCUCAUCCUUAAAGCAGCACUUAGUUGCCGUAGGAGCAUGAAUCACAACGAAGCCCUUGAGUCGUGCAAUUUGUACUUGAAGGUACAAACAGAGCUCAAGGAGAAGAAGAUGCGAUAUGAAAACAGGUUAGACAGACUUUGGAUUCUAGGUGGCAUUGCGACAUGCAUCAGUUUUUGUUUCUACUGUCUGUGAAUUCUACGUUGCCAAAUACUGUCGUCUAACAAAAUUUCUUUUUCGCUUUUCGUAUGUAACUCAAAUUUUGUUUGCAAUAAGAUUCCAGAUUUGUCUUCCUUGGAUUGUCACAGUUUUCCUGCUUUUCUUGUGUUGUAUAUAAAACACCAUCAAGUUGUAAUUGGAAUAAGAGUUGUGUCAUAUUUGAAGAAAUAAUAGUUGAGUGAGUCCAUUAUUAUCAUUACAUCCUAAUAAAAGUUGGAUUAUUCUACUUUGUUCU